AUGGCAGAGGAUGUAGUUAAAGAACAAGAACAAGUAGAAAGUUCAUUCAUAGAAAAUGAAAGUGAGGGUUUAGAAACAGCAUGUUAUCGUAAAUGUCAUGGACAAUUUUGUUUAACAUCAACAGAAAAUCAUUUUCAACAUGAAAUAUCAUUAGAUUAUUCACCAUUUCAAGAUGCAUUAACAAAUUAUUCAUCAACGACAUAUACAAAAAUGGAAUCUUUACUUAAACUGGAUCAUUCUAUUGAUCGAAUAAGAAAUCUUAUAAAAAAUAAACAUAUAACAUGCGUAGAUUUAGCAUUAUUCUAUUUAAAACGUGUGCAAAUGACAAAUGAUUUUUAUAAAAUUAUUAUUGAACUUAAUCCUCACUUACUGACAGAAGCUCAACAAUUAGAUAAAGAAUUCAAUGAAAAUCAAAUAAAUAAUAAAUUAUUAUUCGGUUGUGUUGCUGGUAUUAAAGGCAAUAUUAGUAUACGUGAUAUGUACAAUGAUGCUGGUUGUCUAAUUCUUGGUCGAACUAAUUUAUCUGAAUGGGCAUAUUCAGUAACUGAAAAUGCUCCAUCAGGUUUUUCAGCCGUAGGUGGACAAUGUCUUCAUCCCGAUGAUAUCCAUGAAGAUGUUAGUGGUUCAUCUAGUGGAUCAGCAGCUGGUAUUAAAUUAAAUCUAUUUACAUUUUCAAUAGGUACAGAAACUCAAGGAUCACUUUUAUCACCAGCAAUGAAUGUAAGAAAUGUUUGCACGCUUAAACCAUCACUUGGUACAUGGCCUAAUCAAGAUAUAAUUCCUGUUAAUUAUGAUCAAGAUACAUGUGGACCGAUGACACGAAAUAUUAAAGAUGUUGAACUAUUACAUAAAAUAGCUUCAGGAAUAAAAACUAAUGCUGAAGAUGAUAGUCGAUCAUUAAGAGUUGGUUAUCUUGGACAAUCCCAAGAUGGUAUUGUAUUGCUUCAAACUCUUUCUGCACUAUUGCCUUCAACAACAUUAAUUGAUUUAAAUAAGGAUUUAUCUCUUGUUUCACCAAUGACAAAUGUAAUGAAUACAGCAAAUUUAUGCGACGUAACAUUUCUUGAUUUUCUUUGUUAUGCACUUGCUCGAGAUGUUCCAUUAUAUUUAUCUUCUCACGCAUCUUCUUAUUCACAUCAGACUCUUGCUUCAAUCAUUGAAUGGAAUAAGUCACAUCCGCAAUAUAUUCCUUAUGGUCAAUCACUAUUUAUUCGUGCAAUAGAAUCACCCAUAACACAAGAAAUGUAUGAUAAAUAUAAACAAACAUUACAGGAAGCAUUUGAAAAAUUUACUGAUCUUCUUAAAUCAAAAUAUUCUCUUGAUUGUUUAAUAACAAUUGGUAAUGAUGAUUAUUUUUCGUGCACAACAGCAUGUGGUAUACCACGUGCUAAUCUAACACUUGAUUAUUAUAUUCCGGAUCAUAAACAAAUCAAUAUUGUUGUUGCUGGCUUUUCGAUUAAUGAUGAUCUUGUUAUACUUCGUUUGCUUCAACGAUUAGAAAAAGCAAAUCUUCAAGCAGGUAGAAUAGACACAAGAACAUCAUUUCAAAAAUAUAUUCAACAACCAAUACGCGGAGCCUAUCAAAAUGGCUGCUCAAUUCUUUAA